GCAAAAAGGAAAACAAGAAGUAGCCAGUUUCGAGCUGACGACAUGGACAUUUGAAGAAAGGAUUGUAUGACAGUGCUGGAGACACUGUUUUGGCAGACUUCAGUUUAAAGAUGGCUGAAGUGGGAAGUGAUGAUACUGACAACACCAAUGACAAACUGAUUCCGAAAGAAAAUGGUAGCUCCCCUGCCAGGGGAGACCACUCUCACAGCGAAUCUGGCAUUGACUGUGACCUUGCUUCCCCAGUGAAGCUGGGGUCUAUUGUGAUAGAUAGUGUUGAUGCAGACACUUCCCAGUGUGAAGGUAGGGAAAGGGAGGAUGAGGGAACGGUAGAGGAGAAUGAGCUUGAGGGCAACAGAGAUAAUCAUCUUAGUCUGGGAUUUAUGAAAAAGGAUGACAGUGGUAUUGAUAUCAGUCGAUCUCCCACUAGUGGUAAAGACAGUUCCAUUCUGUCAGACAACAAUGAGUCACUGAGUGAUAGCGGAGCAGGUUCAAGGACUAAUUCAGUCAGUGAGGCAUCUAUAUCAAAAGAGUGUACACAACAGAAACUGUCAAAAGGUGGAGCCGAGACUUUUACUACAGAAAUUGAAAACAUGGACACUGACGAAAAUAAUCAAGCAAGUGCAGUAAAAGUCUCCAGCACUUCAGUGUCGUGUUCUGAAAAUGAUGAAAAGGACAGUGAUGACAGUAUAGAUGAUUCAGGACAGUCAAGUAGAGUUAGAAAGUUGCGUGAAUCAAUACGACGCAGGCUCCGUGACAAACGUCGAAGACACUUUCUCUUGGAUAGCGAUGACACAGACAGUGACAAUGAUGAUCAUUCAUCAGGAUCUCCAUCAAAUCAAGAGAAUGUGAAAACUAAUGAUGAUUCUGAUGAGGGUAAUUCAGAUGAAGAAGAUGAUGAUGAAGAUGAUGAUGACGAUGAUGAUGAUGAACACUCAAGUGUAAAAAAGGCAAAAUCUUCUAAUGAUAAGCCUGCGAAAUCAGACACUGACUCAGAUGAAGAUGAAAUGGUAGACAUGAGUAAAAAACCAAAGCAAAUUUGGCGGGCACUAUUUGACUGUCGCGAUAGAGAGUAUGGAUUCAAUAGCCGUGUGCCCCCUGCCAGCUUUAGAGAGAAAGUUCAAGGCAGUCUACAGAUGGUACAGAGGUUUAAUCUCCAAUACAAAAUGGAAUACCAUGAAGGCUGUGUAAAUGCUCUCCACUUUAACAGAAUAGGAACACUACUUGCCAGUGGAUCUGAUGAUUUAAACAUUGUUCUGUGGAAUUGGAUAAGAAAUCGCCCUGCUCUUGUUUAUGACAGUGGUCACCGUAGCAAUGUCUUUCAGGCCAAGUUUAUGCCAUUUAGUGGUGACUGUCAUGUUGUGAGUUGUGCCAGAGACGGACAAGUCAGACUCGCCGAGCUGUCACUUACUGGUGUGUGCAAACAGACAAAGAAACUAGCACAGCACAAAGGUGGAGCUCACAAGCUUGCGCUGGAGCUCGACUCUCCCCACGUUUUCCUGAGUUGUGGUGAGGAUGCAAUUGUGUAUGAAAUAGACCUGAGAGAGGACAAGUCUAACAAGCUAGUCCUCACAAAGGAAGGGGAGAAAAAAGUGCCUCUCUACUCAAUCCACUCCAAUCCAGCAAACUCCAUGGAGUUCUGUGUAGGAGGUCGCGAUCACUUCAUCAGAAUCUACGACAAGAGAAAAAUCAAUAGUAAUGAAGAUGAUGGCCUACUUAAGAAGUUCUGUCCUCAUCAUUUGGUCAGCAGCAGUGUAAAAGCCAAUGUUACAUGUGCUGUAUACAACUACAAUGGAACAGAAAUUGUAGGAUCCUAUAAUGAUGAGGAUAUCUACCUGUUUAAUAACUCCCAUUCCAGCGGUGCUGAACACAUACAUAGGUACAAAGGGCACCGUAACAAUGCCACAGUGAAAGGUAUCAACUUUUAUGGGCCACGAAGCGAGUUUAUCGUCAGUGGCAGUGAUUGUGGCCAUAUCUUCCUCUGGGACAAGGAGUCCGAACAAAUUGUCCAGUUCAUGGAGGGUGAUGAUGGUGGAGUGAUCAAUGUCCUUGAGCCCCACCCAUUUGCACCAGUUCUUGCCACCAGUGGACUUGACCAUGAUGUCAAGGUUUGGGCACCAACUGCCGAAGAACCAACACAGCUUGAAGAGCUCAGGAAGACAAUGAAGAAGAACCGUAAGGAGAGAGAGGAAGAGAUGGUGAAUGAACCAGACAUGAUAGAUGGACAGAUGCUCUGGUACAUAAUGCAUCACAUUCGGCGAGCUCAGAGACGAGCUGAUCAGGAUGGUACAGCUGGCGAUCAGGCAUCAAACUCCAGUGAUAACAGCGAGUAUGAUACAGAGGACUCGGAGGAGAAUGCCCCUUACAGAAUGUCAUGUAACCCCUCUUAAACAGUCUACAGAUGUCACAGCCAUGCAAGAUAUAAACAGUUAACGGUUAGGUGACAAUCAGAAUGCUGUUCUGGAAUUUCUCAAAACAAUAUUCUCAAAUGGCUGACAGCUUUUGCCAUAAAAUCUUUGUCAAACUUCAUUUUGAAAUUAGAAGAUUGGAAAAUUGCAUAUUUUUUUAUAUAAAAGACCUAUAUUUUCUUCUUGGCAUUGUAGAAAUAUGACACAUCAAUUUGAAUAAGAAAAAUUUGUGGAUUAGUUACCGUAAAUCCUUAGAAUUUCAAGAAUACUUGUUUUUCGCAAACUCCACACAUAUUCGUAAAUACAUUAUUGUGCGAAUGCUGACCUGAAACUGAAUUUAAAUUCACAAAUGAUGGGCUACUAGAGAUCAGGACUCUUCAAGACUCAGAUGUCGGUAACCAAAUCAACAUUUAAUGCUAUCCAGAGUUAUUUUGUACAAACAAUUGGGAAGGAUUUGAAUUUGUGAUUGGCUCUUCUCGCAUAUUAACACAAAAAUAAAUCAAAGAUGUAAGUGGUUUACAAAAUGUACGAUCGAUGUGCAGAUAUUUAUUAUGGUAUAAUUCUAGUUGGUAUGAUACAUAGGUACACGUAAGCUUACAUUUUUAAGUGAUAAAUGAACAGUUCAGCUACAGAAAAGUAGCAAAGAAAUUCUCUACAAUACAAUGCUGUUAAUGGUGAUAUUUAAUCCAUUUCCUUCAAGAAUUAGGAAUUUAUAGUCAAUCUUUAAUGAAAGGCAUACAUUUUCGCAAACAUUACAGGGUUCUAAUCAGUGAAAUAAAUUUUUAAAAAAAUGUUGGCUGGGUAGAAGCAUUAAAUGUUGUUUGUAAGGAUAGACUCAACAAGAACAUAAAUAGUAACAAUCAGGUGAAAGAACGGAAUGUUUUUGUUACAAUACAACUUACCUUGAAGAUAAAAAGUAAUGAAUAAGAAUUUAGGUGAAAGAAAUGUUUUUAUAGUUAAUUGACUUUUAUGAAAUUUUCUACCCUGGAAAGGGCACAUUGGACUUACAUCAUGAAAGAUGAAUAUCUCAUGGUAUACAGUAAUUGAAAACUUUCAACUAUCUGAAAAUUUACGAGUACAUGUGUAGAGAUUUGUUUUCAGUCUGUUCGUUGACAUUUGCCUUAUACCUGUGAAUGUCACCAUUCUGUGUUCAUAGGCUGUUUCAAAUACCAAUUACUGUAACUCAUGAAAAAUAUCUUCAUAAAUGCAGAACUGUUGGAAAUCACCACAAGAAAUACAUACUGUCCAUUGACUUUUAUCUCUGUACUUCAUUGAUCUUUAAUUUCACAGGUCUAAAAUUCCAUUUGUCCCAGCCUUAGCUACUCUGUGAGAACUUCUUUACCCAAUCAAUUGCAGUAUUUGUUUUAAAUGGACCUACAGAGCCAACACAUAACCUUUAAUCUCAAUAUUGUUGAGAUUGGCUUUGUAAACAGACUUUGAUAUAGCAUAGAGUUGAACCUUAUCAUCUCGAAGUUUAGGGAAUCAUAGGAAACUACGGGUUAUUGGAGUAAUCAGUUUAAAAGAGUUUGAAUGUUUAGCAUGAAAUUUUCCAAGGACCAGCGGAGUACUUGGAAUUAAUCAAGGUUGUUGAGUUAUGGAUAACAAGGUUUGACUGAAGCGGAUGGGUCCAUUACCUGCUUUAUUACCAGAUAAUUGCAGUAAUUCUCAUUGUUUUAUAUCUGGUUAUAAACACAGAACUGAUUCUGAUCUCUCUGGUCCAUCGAUAAUGACUACAGGAUCACAACGUCAAAUUUCACAGAAUUUGCAGACAAAGAUCUCCAUGAUGCAGAUAUUCAGAGUGUGAACAAGCUUUCUGGAUAAACAUGUAUCUUAUUAAACUACAUGGCUUUAUGUUACAUUAAAGAACUGUUUCCAAGUUUAUGACACUUUUCUAUGUGUGUCAGUUCUAGAAUUAUAUAUCUUAAAACUUGUUGGAGAAUACAUAUCUGAUACAACUUGUAUAUUUGUAUACAUCAUGUGACAAAUGGCCAUAUUUAUUGGGCAAUAAGUCCAUGUGUGGUAAUAAGCCCACACACAUCUAUCGUUUGUGCUGCAUGAAGCCCUCGGAGCCUCACGAGCUCUUGUUUGAUGCUCUGUAUCAGUGGUGGUUUGUGUUUCACAGGAAGCUAAGAAACAGAUCUCUGCUGUUGGGGUUGUGUCAUGUGUGUCUUAAACCCAAAUUGCUGUGGACAACAUGCUAUCAGCUUCCCUUAUUGUGUUCAGUGCGGUAGUCAGCACUACAGUAAACGUGGAUUGCUACUGAAACUACAAUAAAUGUGGAUUACUUAUAUUAAGACGCACUGGUAUAUUGUUGUUUUAAUAGGGUAGAUUACAACAUUAUCAAUCGAUUUCAAAGAAAAAGAAUUAAAUGAGAUCACUAGAAAUGGUCACAUUGUUACCUCACUUUUAUAUUAUUUAAGAACUAAAGCCAAAAUACAAGUAAAAAACCGUUUUUUUUUAUUUUUUGGAAGGAAAAGUUAGCUUAACUGUUAUGGUUCUUUGAUCAGGGCUGUUCCAGUAAAAAUCUGCUUUAACCCAGAGCUCUUCAAAUAAAUCACUAUUGUCCAUGGUUUGGUCAUCUUCACUAGCCAAGGCCACUUAGUUUCAUGGCAUUGCCAUGAAAGGAAGUGGCCUUGGCUAGCAAAGAUGUGGUUUGGUUUACUUGUCUAUUAUUUCUAAUCAAAUUAUCAGUUCAAUUUUCGCAUGGUACCCUUAAUGAAAAAUGUGGAGAUCUGGGGUACAUGUUAAAGAUGUUUUACUGGGCAGCCCUUAGGCCAAGAUCAUGCUCUAGUUUCAUUUAAAGUGGGAUUUAUACUUAAUGUCUAAGUACAGAUCAUUUUCAUAUUUAAAGAACAUUAAAUGAAUAAUUUGCUGUGAUACUGUUUACUUGUUCAGUAGUUAGGUCUCUCUAAUGUUAGCAGUUUUCGGGUUGUCAUUUCUAACAAUGAAGCCAUUGACCUAAUUCUAAGUGUUAUUUAGCAGUGAUAUUGAUAUUUUGAAAUCUUUAAUAUUUAUCACGCCAUUUCCAUGUUUUUCAGAAUUACACACUGGUACAAUUAAAUUGAUAGUUUUAUACAAAAUUGUUUAUUUGACUUAAUUUAUUGGUAAUGGAAUAAAGUUAUACAUGUAUAAAGUGUUUUACCUCUUAUGAUGUUGAUAAAUGAAAAUAAAUAGAUACACAUUCCCUUUUGUUGUAUCUUGCUGUAUUGAAGAGGGAAGAUGUCAUAUGUCAUUGUUUAUAAAUAAGUCUGAAAAUCCUUGAACCUUUCCAACACCUUUUAAGUAUUAUAAUGUAUCAGAAAUUAACUUUAUUUUCGUAAUCAGGCAGUGUGGAGACUUGUGGCACAAUUCUCACCUGUGAUCUCUUUGAUAAACAUAAAAGGAAUCACAGAGUAAAAUAAAUGUUAAGAUAACCAGUUUUUUGUAUAGUCAUUAAGCAUUGGCUUUACAAUUGGUAAGAAAAUAUCUUAAAUCAAUUAAACAUCUACAUGCUAUUGACUUUGUUGACAUUCCAAGAGUACAGAGGAGAUUUUUAAAUGGAGAUAAGAGCUCUUGCAUUUUGAAGACAACCAUAUCCUAGAAAAAAUCCUUCUCUAUGCAGUAUUUGCUGAAGUUUCUUGAUACAAGAUAAAAAAUUAUAAAAAAAAAUAUAUGAUUCUAAUUAAGAUAUAUGAAACUCGAUCAAAGUUUCUGUUUUCAUAAAUUGCUUGCAUCAUAAAAUGAAACACAAAAAUGUUCCUCAAUCACAUAAAUAUAAUUUCAUGUGCUAUUUACCUUAUAUAUAUUUGAUGUUUUCCAGUUCUAAAACAAAAUUAUGGGUUGUUUUUAACACUGAUCAUUGUCUGCUAGGUCUCUGUUGUUGUUAUGUAUUGAUAUGUAGACAAACUCAGCUUCUCAGUUACAUUUUUCUGACCACCUGAAACUGUUGACAAAUUUGGUCUUUGUCAUUACUGUGAAUUGAAUGGCUACAUUUCAAAAAACAUUUCUGCAAUCUUUUUUAAUGCUUAUGGAAAACAAUAGAGAAUUUAAGGACAAAUUCAUCCUUAACACCUUUACAACAAUAUUUUCCCACAGUUACAUUUGUUGAACUGCAGCCUGAUGCUAUUGGUAAUGAACGGUUUAUUGUAUUUUUUUGACAAUUCUGGAUGAUGAUGUUUCUUGAAGAGCCCCAGAUAUUUGGUGCUCAAUUUUGAUUUGUCCAAGAAACAAUGCAUGCAUGUUUUGUAUAUAUAUUUAAUAAAAUUGUAAAUAAAUCUGAUUUCUCAGAAGUUAAAUUUGGCUUUAGUUAAAUUAAAGCAGCUUUGCAUAAUGUAUACAGACACCUGUGUGUAUACAGUGAGAGCUUGUGUCCACACAAUAACUGUUAUUGGGGUGUAGUAUAACAUUGUAUUGAUGUGAUUGUGCUACUAAGUGUGUGCAUGGGUCUCAACAUAUCUAGUCAAGGUAGCAGACCUUUUCACAAUUGAGAGUUUGAAUUCAAUUUUUGAGUAAUAAAAUAAUUGUAAAAUUAAAA